GAGCGGCGGAGCUGCAGAAAUCGAGCUGACUCAAGAGGGUGGUGGCUGCUUGUUUGUUUGCUUGCUUGCUUGCUUGCGCACGCUGCACUACGGUCUCUUCUCGGGGUUAACUAAUUUCAUUAGCAAGCCAGUGUGCCUGGAUCGACGCCAUCCCUCUUUCCUCGGCUUGGAUUAAUAUUUCUGCCCGCUGUCUCCCUUGGUCAAGUCCACAAUGACGGUCAAAACUGAAGCGUCGGGAUCGACGUUAACCUAUUCCAAGAUGAGAGGGAUGGUGGCGAUACUGAUUGCUUUCAUGAAACAGAGACGAAUGGGGCUCAAUGACUUCAUUCAAAAAAUAGCUACGAACUCUUACGCCUGCAAACACCCUGAAGUUCAAUCUAUUUUGAAGAUCUCCCAACCUCAAGAGCCUGAACUUAUGAAUGCCAAUCCUUCUCCUCCACCCAGCCCAUCUCAACAAAUCAAUCUUGGCCCUUCAUCUAAUCCACAUGCUAAACCAUCAGAUUUCCAUUUCCUGAAGGUUAUUGGAAAAGGCAGUUUUGGAAAGGUUCUUCUUGCAAGGCAUAAGGCAGAAGAGCAAUUCUAUGCUGUGAAAGUCCUCCAGAAGAAAGCAAUACUGAAAAAGAAGGAGGAGAAGCACAUCAUGUCAGAGCGCAAUGUCCUACUGAAGAAUGUGAAGCACCCUUUCCUGGUGGGACUCCACUUUUCUUUCCAGACGGCAGACAAACUAUAUUUUGUCCUAGACUACAUCAAUGGUGGAGAGUUGUUCUACCAUCUCCAGAGGGAACGUUGCUUCCUGGAACCAAGGGCUCGUUUUUACGCUGCUGAAAUAGCCAGUGCACUGGGUUACCUGCAUUCGUUGAAUAUAGUUUAUCGGGACUUGAAGCCAGAGAACAUUUUGCUGGAUUCUCAAGGGCACAUUGUCUUGACUGACUUUGGACUCUGCAAAGAGAACAUAGAACACAAUGGCACAACUUCCACAUUUUGCGGCACUCCCGAGUACCUUGCCCCUGAAGUCCUCCACAAGCAACCCUAUGACCGGACGGUUGACUGGUGGUGCCUUGGAGCGGUUUUGUACGAGAUGCUUUAUGGACUGCCCCCCUUUUAUAGCAGAAACACAGCAGAAAUGUAUGACAACAUCUUGAACAAACCUCUGCAGCUGAAGCCAAAUAUUACCAACUCCGCUAGACACCUUUUGGAAGGUCUUUUGCAGAAGGACAGAACCAAGAGGCUGGGUGCAAAGGAAGACUUUAUGGAAAUUAAGAAUCACAUCUUCUUCUCCCCAAUUAACUGGGAUGAUCUUAUUAAUAAGAAGAUUACACCCCCUUUUAACCCAAAUGUGAGCGGCCCCAGUGAUCUGCGACACUUUGACCCCGAGUUUACAGAGGAGCCUGUCCCAAACUCCAUUGGCCAGUCUUCAGACAGCAUCCUCAUCACUGCUAGUGUCAAAGAGGCCGCUGAAGCUUUUCUGGGCUUCUCCUAUGCUCCUCCCAUGGAUUCUUUCUUGUGAAUUUUUAUUUAGUGAUUUGUUUGUUCUUUCUUCUUCUUCGUUUAAUAAUGACCCUUAUGUUGGCCUUCUGCUUAAGCUGCCAGUUGUCCGGUCAUCUUGGAAAAAAAGAAAAAUUUGCACAUCUUCCCACUGUGUGGCAGCUUUGCAGCCUUAAUUUCAACUAUGUUUGCUGGAAGCAUUCUGCUUGUUUCUGUUCCGUUUGGAAGAGCACACUUUAACUCCUUUUAAAUGAACUCACAAACAUUUCACUUCCAGUUCUUCCCUCUCACCAAAGUGGUGCUAUCUCCUUUUGGAAGUUAAGAAAGGAAAGAAGAAGGAAAAGAGAAGGGGGAAAAAAAAAAGCUACUGCUGCCAUAGAUUGUAAGCUUAAGAACAUCCUGUGUGUUAUGUAUCGAGAGUUUGUUCUGAAAAGCCUAGCUUGAAGAUCUUUCUGGAUGUAAUGAGGAUUUUAUGAAAAUGUGCCUUUUUUCCUGAAAAGGUCUUGUGAGCUCCAAAGCUUUUUCCUGUCGGAGUGUUUCUGGAUUCACGUGUGUGUGAGAGUUUGCCAUGUGGACAAUGGUAUGAGUGUGGUAUGCACAUUUUGCAGAUGGAUUUUGUUUGAAAGCAUCAGUGUGACACAAAGCACACUACAGUGGGGGGCAUUGUUCCUUCCAUAUUUGGAAGACAAAUUAAUAAAUGUAGAUAAAUGAUUUUUUAAAAGAAAAAUAUGUAAAAAUUGUACAGUUAAUGAUGGGCUUCAAUGACUAGUACCCAAAUGCUUGAAGAAAGCAUUGCUGCUAUGGAAAUAUAUAUAUAUAUGUAUAAAUAUUUCUAUUUUUAGAGAGGGUUUCUAGGGACCAAAAUGCCCCAGCUGCGACCUGUCAAAGCUGUUGGUUUAUUUCAUUAUCUUUUUCAUCUGUAAAAUUGGGCAUUAUUUAUGGUUUGUUUUUUGCAUUCCUGGUUGUAUGUAUUUGUAAAAAGACCUGUACAGUUGGUUGCAAUGCUAGAUGUAUAUUUAAAAAGAAAAAAAAUUGAAAGCCUAUAAUGUAUAUCCCUAUUGUAAUGUACUGAACAUGGUUAUUAUACGAUAUGUAUAAUUUUUGUGACCAAAUGCAUUGGUUUGCAGUAAAAUCUUGGACAAUA